UCGUGUCACCCCAGGUUUUUUCGUAGUUUCGGCCUCCUGGGUCGUUCUUUAGGAUGGUAUGAUGCCCCGAAUGCGGGGAGACAAUAUUGUCUUAUGAUGGGCUGCAGAGAGCCUUAGAGUCUGCAGCGAGAACAUUUAAGAGGGCCGUGUUAUCACCUCUCCAUUCUUUCGUCUCCAUCGAUGAUACCCUUCCAAGGCUGUCAAGACCUCCAUCUCUCCACGGUUCCACUGUUCCUGAUUCCUUGGUCCACCCCUUCCGAGCUGUAUUGCUUGCCUGCAGUUCAUCCUCCACCAUGUCCGACGAGAAGACCGAUCCCGUGGUCGGAGGCCACGCCGAGGAGCACCGUGAUGACGCUGCUGCGGAGGUCGACACUGCCGUCCACAUUGCCCAUCAGACGCAGUCCGGCGCUUAUUCGCCCUGGACGCCGCACAUGUUUCGACUUUACGCUGUGCUUACUAUCGCUUACCUCAAUGGAGCUCUCAACGGUUACGACGGUUCCCUUAUGGGAGGCCUGAACGGAUUGAAAUCCUACUUGAACUACUUCCACAAGGAAACUAUUGACCAGAGCACCGGAAUCAUCUUCGCCAUGUAUAAUAUCGGAAGCGUCGCCGCCGUCUUCUUCACCGGACCUGCAAACGACUUUCUCGGUCGCCGAUGGGGUAUGUUUAUCGGGGGUGCCAUCGUAAUUAUCGGCACUUGUAUCCAGGCUACAACCAAAACUUCUGAGCAAUUCCUUGCUGGGCGAUUCGUCCUCGGAUUUGGUGUCAGUUUUUGCUGUGUCUCCGCUCCGACCUACGUCUCUGAGAUGGCACACCCGGCAUGGCGAGGAACUAUCACCGGCGUCUACAACUGCACUUGGUACAUUGGAUCAAUCAUAGCCUCCUGGGUCAUCUAUGGAUGCGCCUACAUCGACGGCGGCGAGGGCACCAGUGCUUGGCGCCUGCCCAUUUGGCUUCAGAUGGUGACCUCUGGUAUCGUUUGCGUCGGGGUCUUCUUCAUUCCCGAAUCUCCGCGAUGGCUCAUGGCGAACGACAAACACGAAGAAGCCGCCAGAGUCCUUGCCAAGUACCAUGGCGAGGGCUCGGUCGACCAUCCCAUCGUCCAGCUCCAGCUGAAGGAGAUGGUCUCUCAAAUCAGCACAGAUGCUUCAGAUAAAUCGUGGUGGGACUACAGCGAACUCUGGAAAACCCACUCCGCCCGUCGCCGCCUCAUCUGCGUGCUGGGUAUGGCCUUCUUUGGCCAGAUUAGUGGUAACAGUUUAAGUUCUUACUACAUGACGGUUGUCCUCAAGAACGCUGGCAUCACAGAACAGCACCGUGUCCUGGCAUUGAAUGCGAUCAACCCUGUUCUGUGCUUCUUCGCAUCCCUCUUCGGAGCUCGCAUGACGGAUGUUGUUGGCCGCAGACCCCUACUGAUUUACUCCAUCAUCUUCUGCUCCUUCUGCUUCGCAAUCAUCACGGGAACCUCGAAAAUGGCGACGGAUGAUGCUAGCAACGUUGCUGCUGCCAACACGACCAUCGCCUUCAUCUACCUCUUUGGCAUCGUCUUCAGCUUCGGCUGGACUCCUCUUCAGAGCAUGUACAUCGCCGAGUCCCUCAGUACAUCCACCCGCGCCAAGGGUACUGCCAUCGGCAACUUGGCCAGUGCCAUCGGAAGCACCGUUAUCCAAUACGCCAGUGGACCGGCUUUCCUCAACAUCAAGUACUACUUCUACAUUGUCUUUAUCUUCUGGGACCUCUUUGAAGCAGCGUUCAUUUACUUCUUCUGGCCUGAAACCAAGGGUCGCACGCUUGAGGAGUUGGAGGAAGUCUUUAGCGCCCCGAACCCUGUCAAGAAGAGUUUGGAGCCUCGGUCGGCCGAGACUGUUUUGAAGACUAUGCAGGUCGGACAGGACGAGAAGGUGGCGUAUGUCUAGCAGACAGUAGAUAUCUUUACCGGGCCGGGCUUGUGCGGCAUUUGCGGGGCGAUACCGGUCCGGACGCCGGAUCGAGCGCUAGGAUUCACCUGCAUUUGCCGUCUAUCUUGCUGUCCAAAUACAAUCGAAUCUCGAUGUUCUUAAUAACCAUUGGAAGAGCCUGGAUUCAAGUGUUUCCUCCAAUUUGAGGCGUAACGUCAGAAUCAGUAAAGGCAGUCAAUAAUCCAUCAAUGUCAGUUGAUGGUACGAAAAAGGCGUCCGUCGCUGUGAUUGGGGCGGCACAGCUAAGGAAGAGUCAAGAGGUCACCUGUCACAUGUGCCUCUCUCCAACUCGUGAGAGACGCGUGCCACGA